AGCCCCGCCGCGCCCGUCUAUGGGGCGGCGCUGAGCGGCGGCGCGGCGGGAGGGCGCCGGGGGCAGCAUGAAGUCCCUGCUCUUCAGCCGCUUCCUCCUGCUGCUGCCCUGGGUGCUCAUCGUCAUCAUCGUGCUGGACAUCGACAGCAGCCGGGCGCCGCUGCCCGCGCUGUCCCCCCGCGGCGGGGCCGAGGGCGGUAGCGGCGGGGCGCGGCCUCCCACCCCGCGGCGGCGGCCCGAGGCCGCGCUGCCCACCAUCUAUGCCAUCACGCCCACCUACAGCCGCCCGGUGCAGAAGGCCGAGCUCACCCGCCUGGCCAACACCUUCCGGCAGGUGUCGCGGCUCCACUGGAUCCUGGUGGAGGACGCGGCGGCGCGCAGCGAGCUAGUGACCCGCUUCGUGGCGGGCGCCGGGCUGCCCUGCACGCACCUGCACGUCCCCACGCCGCGCCGCUACAAGCGCCCGGGGCUGCCCCGCGCCACCGAGCAGCGCAACGCCGGCCUGGCCUGGCUGCGGCAGCGGCACCAGCACCUGCCGCCCCCGCAGCCCGGCGUGCUCUUCUUCGCCGACGACGACAACACCUACAGCCUGGAGCUGUUCCAGGAGAUGCGGACGACGCGCAAGGUGUCCGUGUGGCCCGUGGGGCUGGUGGGCGGCCGGCGCUACGAGCGCCCCGUGGUGGAGAACGGCAAGGUGGUCGGCUGGUACACGGGCUGGAGAGCUGACAGGCCCUUUGCCAUCGACAUGGCAGGAUUUGCUGUGAGUCUUCAAGUGAUCCUGUCGCAUCCCAAAGCCGUAUUCAAGCGUCGUGGUUCUCAACCAGGAAUGCAAGAAUCUGAUUUUCUGAAACAGAUAACAACAGUGGAGGAACUGGAGCCUAAAGCAAACAACUGCACAAAGGUUCUUGUAUGGCACACCCGAACAGAGAAAGUGAACCUAGCUAACGAGCCAAAGUACCACCUGGACACAGUGAACAUUGAGGUAUGACGGGGGGACAGGCCCACGGCAGGAGCAGGACCACGGACGCACCAGUGCGUGCUCCGCUUCCGACAGCCAAGGUCAUCUGCUGCUGCUGCUGCCUGAGACCUGACAGACUUCUGUGGAAACAAAAGGAAGCUUUCAGAGACUCUAACAAGCAAAUCAAGUGGGUGUGCUUUGUUCUAACUUGUCUGCAUGCAUUUCUGAACUCUCAGCUUAAUAAACUGACACUUACCUUUGUUUUAACGCUGUUUCCACAUACAUAAACAUGGCUGCAAUGGAGUAUUUUCAAAAUUAUUAUUUAUGUAUAUAGUUUUGUAUUUAUCCAGCUUAAUGGUGUAAUUAUAAACUGAUUUUAACUCACAAACUGUUGGUCUAAAUAUCUGUAUAAAUGGAUCCUCCAAACUGCACAUGUUUUACUUCGUUAGAAGUAGCAGUCAAAACAGGUCAUACAAUAAUGAAAUAAAAUACCCACAAUCAUUUACGGAUUUAUCCUUUUAAUAUAGGGAAAUAACAUUUUAUCAUUACGAGGCACCAUAAAAUGUAAACACAAUCACUGUCAUAAACCUGGAUCUGUCUGCAAGACAAAAUAUAUCUGUUCACACUGAGUUACCUUGAAUGCAUAUUGUGCUGUCAGUUCUCUUUUAACACUGUGUGCUUGCCUCCUGAGCCAGGUCAGAGACUUUACCACAGGAAACUCAAAUGCAUCAAAUGCUCAUCUUUAGAAGAAUAAACUAUUGAUUUGUAGAACUACAGUAACAUCCAGGUUUAUCUUUCUUUCAAUAACCACAUUCCCUGUUAUGCACACCAUAACAACAUCACAGUGAAAUGUAUGAUGAAACAAAAUUUGUUUGAUACACUAGAAAACAUUGCUCAGUGAUACAUUUACAUUCUAUUUAUAUAUGAUUAAACAUUUGUUCAUACAGUACCUUCUACAGGAUUACUGGGUAAUUUUGGGGGGUUGGGGUUCAUAUUUUUGAAUAUUACUAACAUGAUAGCUACAUCCCUUAUAUGCAAACAUUUGAUCUAGAAUUUUGAGGGAAAAAAAAUCAGUAUGUGGUUAAGCAGCUUCUUAAUAUGGUCUAUGAAAUCAUAUGCAUUGUAUGAAAAUGCAUCCAAUGAUGUAUAAAUAUAUUUGAUCUGCUUUUCACUACAUCAAAUUUAAAUCAAUAUAGACCACAACACGGUCAGUCAGUUAUAUCCUUAAUCUGAACAGCUGGGGAAAAAGAAAAAGAAUAUAUAUGUACAUGGAAGGAACAGCAAAAGUAAAUGUAUUUAAACAAGGAAUGUUAGGUGGCUGUUCUGGGAAAGAUUUCUAUUGCAACUUUCAUUUCCACAGUUGUGUGCUGAGAGUCUGGCCAGAGGAGCUUCCAGUCCAUCCUGCGGCUGUGCUGGGGGGCUGCCCAAAGCCCAUCACGUUGCUGGAACUGCUGAGGUUCAUUCCAGCCAUUUGCUGAUUCAUCUGCAAAGCACACACACACACGAGCCUGGUUAGCAAUGGCACUGAAACACAGCAUGCUGCUAGUCAAAAACAGUCCUGCCUCCAACCAGCUACCCGGUUACAAGUACAUGUCCCUAAAAAUAUUUCUCAUUAAAUAAAAAUAUUAACUCUAUCUAAGUUUCUAAGCUUUUUCUCAUAAUAUCAGCUUUUCUGGAGCCCUUCAACCACCAACAUACAUCAGCUGAUGGGCUGCAGCACCUGGUGUAUGUGUCACAUGAGAACUGACAGCAUGUGAAGGAGGUGGCCAGUGUGGCUGGUUGGUAAAAGUUUGCUUUCACAGUUUCAAAGCUAAUUAACAAAACUGUAGUAAUUGCAGUAAAGAAACAGCAAAGCCAGUAA